AUGUCUCUCUGCAUCAAUCGGCUCUCAGAAGAGAGAAAGUCAUGGCGACGGGAUCAUCCCUUUGGCUUUUUCGCAAAGCCAAUGCGUGGCGCCAACGGUAUGAUGGACCUCAAAAAGUGGGAUUGCGGUGUACCAGGCAAGGAAAAGACCAUCUGGGAAGGCGGCUUGUUCAAGCUAGAAGUCACCUUCCCAGAUGAAUACCCAACAAAGCCGCCAAAGUGUAAAUUCGUGCCGCCACUAUUCCACCCCAACGUUUACCCCUCUGGCACCGUCUGCCUCUCCAUCCUCAACGAAGAAGAAGGCUGGAAGCCCGCGAUAAAUAUCAAAGAGAUCCUGCUGGGUAUUCAGUCGCUGCUCGACGAACCCAACCCAGAGUCGCCGGCGCAAGCCGACGCAUUUAAUCUGUUCAAGAAGGACAAGGCGGCAUACGAGCGCAAAGUCAGGCAGAUCGUCAAGGAGAAUCCAGCCCCCUAG